AUGGCCGACGAACCUCCCACAGCUGCCCCUGCUAAAGAUGCGCCCGAGACUAAGCCCGCUCAUCUAGUACAAGACACCGAGAGAUCGGUGGCUCCAUCCCUCUCUAGCGGAGAGCACAACAAUGAAAAGGGCGAUGCUCCAGCCAAUGCAGCCCUCGAUCUCGAUCGCAUUGGUGAAACCGAGGGGUACUUGCUCGAUGAGGCGGCCGUCCGCGAGAGAUACAACAUUGCACCCGAGGUUGCCCUCAAAACGUCCAAGAACGGCAAGCUUUUGAUCCCUCAACCUACCAACGACCCAGAGGACCCUCUGAACUGGACUCGAUGGAAGAAGGCCGCUAUCUUACUGGUCAUCGGUGUCAAUGCCGCCACCUCGGACUACUCUGCCGCGACAGGUGCCAGCGCUCUCAUCCCCCAGGCAGAGCAGUGGCAUAUCAGCCCCAACACGGUCAACCAUGCCACUGCUGGAAACACGUUCUGUCUUGGGGUGGGUGGCAUCUUCACCAUUUGGCUAUCAGCCUGGAUUGGUCGUCUUCCCGUCCUCUUCUGGUUUGGCUGUCUCUCGGCCGGUACAGCAGCCUGGUCUGCGGCAGCCCAGUCUUUCGAGUCAUAUAUGGCAUCUCGCAUUUUGAACGGCAUCUUCGCCGUUGCUGGAGCUGGAGGUGGUCUCAUGUGGAUCAAGGAUGUUUGGUUCUUUCACGAGCAUGCGCGGAAAAUCAACAUAUGGAGUACAGCCAUAAUCCUGUCACCCUUCCUCGGACCUCAAUUCAUGGCGGCGAUCCUCAGUACAUCUACCUGGAGGACUGGCAUGUGGUUGAACUUUGGAAUCAUUGCACUCGGCCUAGUAUUGACGAUCGCUUUGGGAGACGAGACGUUCUAUCCGCGCCAUCUGAUGCCUGAUCGCAUCCCGAAGCGGCAAAACCGCCUUCUCCGACUCAUUGGCGUCGAACAGUAUAAGCAAAAGUAUACCACCAACACCUUUCUCGAGGCUGGUAGUCGGUUGUGGUAUGCAGUGUUGAAACUGCCUGUCUUCUUGACUUGCCUGUUUUAUUUCUUCGACUUUCCGUGGACAAUUGGGACAAAUACUACUAUCGGGCUGUUCAUCCUCCCAGCCUACAGCUUCGACUUCCGCAAUCUUGCAGCUCUUUACGUGGCCCCAGUCGUGGGUGCUGUCCUCGGUCUUAUAGUCGGACAUUUCCUGUUCGGCCUCAUCGAGAAGGUCUGGGCAAGGUACCACAAUGGUGUGAUUGCGCCCGAGAACAGACUGGUCAUCAUUUGGCUCGUCCUGCCCCUCAAGCUCGUCGGAUACAACCUGAUCGGCGCGACCUUGCAAAACGCGAGGACGUGGAGUUUCUAUGUGUUGGCAGUGGGGUGGGCCCUCCACAACUUUGCGACCAUAAUCACAACGGCUGCCGUUGGCGCAUACUUGCUGGACGCGUAUCCCGAAGCUGCUGGCGAGUCCGCAGCCCUGAUCAACUUCGCCCGAACCCUUGGCGGAUUCAUCGUGGGAUAUAUUCAAAUCAACUGGGUCAGCUCCGCCGGUGCACAGACCGCGUACGGCAUCCAGACGGGGAUCAUGGGCGCCGCCUUCUUCAUCGUCGUGUUCCUGCAAUUCUUUGGCGCGAGGCUGAGACACGCCCAAGGCCCCUUGAAGUUCAAGACUUAUUAG